AUGGCAGCGAAGUCUGAUGGUCGGGGGGUCGUCAGCGGUUUCGCCCAGCUGCACAACCUGGACGAGGCGGCGGGCGCCGGCGAGGAAGACCCGAGGGAGGGCAGCUCCUUCCACAUCUGCCACUGCUGCAACACCUCGUCGUGCUAUUGGGGCUGUCGGAGCGCCUGCCUGCAUUACCUCCUGGGCAAGGGGAGAGACGCCAGGCUGCCACCCCAUGAGGAGCGUCUGUGGCUGGACUGCCUGUGGAUCGUCUUGGCCCUGCUGGUCUUCUUCUGGGACGUGGGCACAGACUUGUGGCUGGCCGUCGACUACUACGCCAAGGAGGACUACCUCUGGUCCGGCCUGACACUGUUCUUUGUGCUGGUGCCUUCGGUGCUCGUCCAGAUGCUGAGCUUCAGGUGGUUCGUGCAGGAUUACACCGGGGGAGGACUGAGCACCGUGGAGGGGCUGAGUAGCCGCGGGGCAGCGGCGGGUCUCAACUCUAUGGGGAUCCCGGAGCAGAACAAGUGCUGCUACGUCCAGGUCUGGGUCUGGCAGACUGUCGUCCAUAUUCUUCAAAUGGGACAGGUCUGGAGGUACAUCCGCACCAUGUACCUGGGCAUCCAGAGCCGCCGUCAGAAGGAGAACCAACGCCGCUUCUACUGGGCCAUGAUGUACGAGUACGCCGAUGUGAACAUGCUGCGGCUCCUGGAGACCUUCCUGGAGAGUGCUCCUCAACUGGUGCUGCAGCUCUGCAUUAUGAUCCAGAAGAACCGCGCAGAGAGACUACAGUGCGUGUCGGCCAUGGCCUCGCUGCUGUCUCUGUCCUGGGCGCUGGCCUCCUACCACAAGCUGCUGCGUGACUCCCGCGAUGACCAGCGCAGCAUGAGCUACCGGGGCGCGCUGGUGCACCUGCUGUGGCGCGCCUUCACCCUCUCGUCGCGGGCGUUGGCCUUUGCCCUCUUCGCCUCCGUGUUCCACCUGCACUUUGCCGUCUUCUUGGUGCUGCACUGGUGUGCCAUGGCCUUCUGGGUGGUGCACGGUGGCACUGACUUCUGCAUGUCCAGGUGGGAGGAGGUGGCCUUCAACAUGCUGGUGGGCGUGGUGCACCUCUUCUGCUGGUUCAACGUCAAGGAGGGCCGCAGCCGCUACCGCAUGCUGGCCUACUACGUCCUGGUGCUGGCCGAGAACGUGCUGCUGACGUCCUGCUGGUACGCCUACCGCGAGCCCGGCGCCUCGGACGCCUACGCCGCCUCGGCCUUCCUGGGCGUCCUGCUGAGCUUCGCGGCGGGCAUGGCCUUCAUGGUGCUCUACUACGGCGUGCUGCACCCCAUGGGGCCGCGCCUCCGCGUGCUGGCCAGCUCCUGCUGCGCCGAGCUGCUGUGGGGUCUGCCGCUGCCUCCCGAGGCCGAGCCCAUGGCCCCCACGCCCCACGGGCCGCGCGGCUCCCAGGCCACCCCCACGCGCGGCAUGGCGUCCUCCACUCCAGCGGGGGAGUACUACGGCGAGGCGGAGGACAUGGAUGACGUGGCCACGGACACCUGCCUGCCCGUGUUCCAGGUGCGCUCCACGGAGCCCGUGGACGCGGCGGGGAGGCCCCUGAGGCCCGAGGGGCCCCUGAUCAAGAUCGACAUGCCGCGUAAACGCUACCCGGCCUGGGACGCGCACUUUGUGGACCGCCGGCUCCGCAGGACCAUAAGCAUCCUGCAGUACAUCAGCCCCGACGCCGUGGGCAUCCGCUACAGGGACGGACCCUUGCUCUACGAGCUGCUCCAGUACGAGUCUUCGCUCUGAAGGCACUCGUCCACUUUCACUCAUAAUCCCCAUCCUCCGCAUUCCAUUCCCUCUGUUCCACUGUCCCUCUCCCUCUCUUUCUUGUUUUUCAUACUCCCUUUCCCUUCUCCUUCUUUCUGUCUCCUUGUGUUUUUUCUCCACCUUUACCUCUCUUGUACUGUACCUCAGACUAUCAAUGUUGUUUGUUCUCUGUUCCCUGUUGUCCUUCUAUUCUACCUGAUCUUCUUUGUUCGUUUGGUGCUCCCCCCCCCACACACACACCUUUUCAGUUACUGUGUAUUUUUAUUUGUUUUCCCAACAGCUGAAAAUAAGUGUACAUGGUUUCGAGAGUUAUUUUAAAAAUGUUUAUUUUGUAAAAAAAAAAAAAAGAAAGAAAAGAAAGAG